UCAAAUAUGAUACAAAUAACCCAAAUUCUGGCACAGUAUUUCUUUGUUCCUUUAACAGUCGUUAACUAGCACGUCCGUUCCCCGUUUCCUCUUUCGGAAAUAUCUCCGCGACGGGGUUGUUUAUCUGUAGUAAGGGGAACUUGAAACCGCCCCGUGCCCCAUUUCCUCGGUUGUUUUGCUUCUUUCGCCCGGAUUCUCCAUGUUGGAGCAAUAGUGAGGUUUUCACGGAGACCGGAGGGGAGUGAUCGGAAACACUGUUACAGCUAAGACGGAUAAAGAAAACCGAGACGGGUAGCGAAGGGAGUAGCUAGCUAGCGAUCAAGAGAAAAUCCAAACACGCCGCCCCUCCCAUGUGAACAAGUAGCUACAGAGAGGGGAAAGGAAAAUGAUAGCUAGCUAAAAACCUAGAUGGUAAAACAAAACGAGAUCGGAUAUUACCGACAGUUACCGUUAAGUUCGCCUGCAAGCUGGCUGACGUACCUGUGUUUGGGAAGACGGAUUUGAUAUUUGGGGGGUGGGGUACAUUUGUUAGAUGGAAAGUUCUGUCAUCACUCAAGUGCGGAAAGAAGACGCUCAACUGUCGUCAGAAACAGCCCAGGAGAAGAAGGCGCCCUCCAAGAAGCCCCGAAGCCAGAAACUCCUCAAAGCACUUUUCUGUUGCCUGCAAGGACAGGAUGCCCUGCAGCCACCACUCGCUGUCCAGGAUGCCUUGCUGCAGCCUGAGGACAAUUGGCCGGUUGCCAAGCUGGCAGAAUUCUUUAAGGUCUUGGGAACCCGCUUGCUUCCUGAGGUGACCCCCGCGGACCAGGGCAAGAUAUGCGUGGUCAUUGAUCUGGAUGAGACGCUGGUGCACAGCUCCUUCAAGCCAAUCAGCAAUGCCGAUUUUAUUGUGCCUGUGGAGAUUGAAGGGACCACUCACCAGGUGUACGUGCUGAAGAGGCCGCAUGUGGAUGAGUUCUUGCGGCGCAUGGGAGAGCUGUUCGAGUGUGUCCUUUUCACUGCGAGUCUAGCCAAGUAUGCAGACCCAGUGACCGAUCUGCUGGACCACUGCGGGGUGUUUCGGGCACGGCUCUUCCGGGAGGCCUGCGUAUUCCACCAGGGCUGCUACGUCAAGGACCUGAGCCUGCUGGGGCGUGAGCUGAGCAAGACGCUGAUCCUGGACAACUCCCCGGCCUCGUACAUCUUCCACCCGGAGAACGCUGUGCCAGUUUUGUCCUGGUUUGACGACGUGGAAGACGUGGAGCUGCUCAACCUGCUGCCCGUCUUUGAGGAGCUGAGUCAGGCGGACGACGUCUGUGCCAAGCUGGGGCAAAUGAGAGCUGAGCUUAGCAGAGAUUUAGAGACAUAUGGGUACGUGGGGCCGUGCCCCACACGCUCAGAGUUAGCCCGACUCGGUCAUGGUUAGACCAGCAUGGUCAGGGUUAGCCUACUUCAGUCAGGGUUGGCCUGACACAGCCAAGGUCUGUCUUCGCUCUGAGUCCAAGCAUUAGGGGUUAAGUGACUUGGCUGGGGUUGAUAUCUGACACCCCCCCCUCCCCCCCAAAAAAAACACUAGUGAUCACAGGUAGACUGUACGCAAGCAAACUGUUUGUCAAGACUUCCUGUCAAGAAUAAAAGGCUUAACAAAAAACUCAACGCUAUUCCAAAGUCAGAUGCAGGAGUCAAAAAGUGCUUUGAGAGAUACUGAUACAGACUCCAAAUGCAGGGAUCUGUGAAGCACUGGAAAGACUGAAACAAAUAUGAUACCUUGUAACAAAAAAUGCCUGUUUUGUUUCCUUUUUCAGAAUUAUAUUUCCUACAAGUUAGUCUUAAGGUGUGCUGAGGAACCUAUCAGACUGUACCAGAACCCCACCUGAACUAAUGUAGCUGGGAGUGCUCAGGGUUGCUGUGCCUUUUAAUGAAAAUCUCAGUGAAAUGGACAUUUUUUUUCCUAUUCCCAGUGGGUACCUUCCAUGGUUAUGGACAGAAAGCACGUAUUUAAAACAGGUUUGUAAAAACUAGGGCGAGGAAGCAUAUUCACACAGAAAGUGUCUGUUUUUUGUAGAACUGUGUGGUUUACAGUGGUGGCAAUUGUCACGUUGUCCAUACUAGAACUGCAUAGCUGAAGCUGUGUUACGGCAGCUCUGUCGGAUGGCUCAUGAGUGCUGAAUGAAUACCUACCGAAGUGGGUGGAAGUUGCCGAGCCCCACAACAGAUGGGCGAUCAUGUAGCAACAUCAGGAGGUGGGGGAGAGUACCAGUGACUAUAAUGGAAUAUAACUUCAUGACUCUUGUUAUAAAGGGUUGUUACAACUUGUUAGUCAUUUAAGACUACUAUGAUUACAGGGUUCUAACAUGGGCCCAGACUCAAGUGAACUGCAAUACAGUGUGUUCUUAAGAUUAUAAUUAUCAUUAUUGCUCUCGUUUUUUUGUUAACUUUACAAAUCUCUGACCGUGUGAUGCUGUGUAAGUAUCAACAAAGUAUAAUACUUGUAAAAGGCACUACUCUUUGCAUUAAGAACAAAACGCAUUUGCACAAAAAAAUUUAAAACUGAUUUUUUUAAGUUAGCUUUUACAGUGUUGCUAAAUGUAUCCUGUAGAUGCACCUGGAUUAAGCCUCACCCUCAUGUGUUUCAAACCACGUGAAGGCUUGCAUUGCUUUGCCUUAGUUUAAAAGACAAAGCACCUAUUCAGGUAGAACAUGCAAAUUAAAUACUGCAGGUGUUUCCUCCAUUGUUUUUUUAUUUUUUUCCCCCAGUUAGAGGACAUUUCUGCCUGAAAAUGGUCUUGUACCCAUUUUAAGGAAGUGUCUUGUAUUAUAUAAAAAGUGCUCUAUUCUGCAAUUCAAGAUUGGCUGUGGG